AUGGUUGUACAACUACAUGACAAUGCAGUCAAUCUCAACAGGGCAGUAUGUGGAGAGAGUGCUGCAGUUAGUGAUGAAAGUGUUGAACACUGGAAAGAAGAGGUGCUGUCACCCAUCUUGGAGGGUUUCGAAUCAGGGGAUGUGUACAAUGUGGAUGAAACAGGCCUGUUUUACCAACUCAUGCCCACUAAAACCGUAAGUGUUAAAGGAGAAGCAUACCACAAAGGAAGAAUGAGCAAGCAGAGAAUUACUGUUCUCUUAUGCAGCAACGCAGAUGGCAGCGACAAGCUGGAUCCCACAGUAAUUGGUAAGUUCCACAAACCACAUUGCUUUAAGAACAGUGCUACACUGCCAUGUACGUAUUAUAGAAGCAAAAGUGCUUGGAUAACUGUGGACUUGUUCAUAAAGUUCUUGCAAGCUUCUGAUGCACGAAUGGGUGCUAGAAACAGGAAGGUUGUUCUCUUUAUGGACAAGUGUCCUGCUCAUCCAACAAACUUGGGAUUUCUGCAGAAUGUGAAAGUGCAUUUCUUUCUUGCACAUUGCACAAGCAGACUCCAGCCCAUGGUUCUAGGGAUUAUUCAUAGCCUGAAAAGCAAGUAUCAGAAAGCUUUUGUCCUUAAGGCACUUGUCUUUAUUGAUAGGAAUGAAGUGCUUAAAUUGAGCAUCCUGCAAGCUAUGCAUUUGCUCACAGGAGCUUGGAAAAUGUCAACAAAGGAAACCAUCUCAAAUUGCUUUCAUAAGGUUGGAUUUAAUGUAAUGAGCUCUCACGACAAAGACGGUGAUGAAAGUAGUAGUGGACAUGCAUGA